AUGCCCAACACAUCAGCACCAGCCGGUGGUAGCCCGCGCUAUGUUCCUGGCUUCUCUGCAGGUCGACCGUCCGAUCUCAGCACGCCUCGCCACACGCUAAGUGUCAAUGAGCGCUUGUCGGUCCAGAGAGCCGAAGAUGCGCGGCGGGUGAGGAAUCAACGGGGUACACCGCUCGCCACGCAAAGGCAAAGCCAAUGCUCACCCGGCGCAAUCUAUGCGGCCUACGAGGCACGCACGCAAUUGGCGAGGGAAGCCAUGCAAGCAACGAGAGGCUUGCCGUACUUUGCAGGGCCAGCUCCUCCGCCAUCUUGGAUCGAGAAGCCUGCGCCUGUGGUCGAAACGCUGUCUGCUCCUCCUCAGCUGUCCGAUAUAGCCCUGACGAGGGCCUCGCCGUCGUACAAGGAGCGACGACUGGUCUCGGGCAAUCUUGAGCAGAGCGAGAGCACGCUCGUUGAGCACUGUGCUAGGCAGGUUGCGUACUGCCUGGACUGCGCCGAUCUAGGCGAUCUCCCUGCCCAUGUCAGGCACGAGAUCAUGAAGGCAGCCGUCCUGUGGGCACCCCUCAGGCCUGACGGCUUCCUGUCGCUCUUCCAUCACAUCCUACCGAGCGAAGUCCCGAGUCGAAGGACACAGUGGACCUGCGAGCUCGUCGAGCUUGAUGUUUCCUUCAGUCGGAUCCAUCUGAGCGUCCUAAAGAACUUGCUCUUCGACGAUCAGGGCUCGCUUGCAUUACCCUCUCUGCGAAGAGUAGGCUUGGCGGGCAUGGAAUACAUCACUCUCAACGCUAGUCUGAUCAAUGUCCUCGCUCGUCUGCCUCUGAGAGCACUAUCGAUGGGAGCCCUCCGGAAAUCUGACCAUAUUGACACUCAUUUAUUGCUCAAGAAACUGGCAGCAUCGACGCCAGCGCUAGAGACACUCAACUUGACUCGUGGCUUGCCUGGCCUCGUUUGGAUGAGCUCGUCCUUCGGGGUAUGCUCGUCGAAGCGUCAGCAUACGAGCGCGAAGUAG